UUACAACCUAAUUCAUGCUCUUAUCCAGUUUUUAGGCUUCAAUUGACUUGAGACUCAAAAAAUUCUGUAUUGCUUUAGAUCACAUCCUCAGGAUUUCUUUUACUAAUUUUUAGUCUUUUUAGUCCUUAAUAUUUUUAGUCUAGAUAGUCUAGGACUUCUGAAACUCUUCAUGACGGGAUUUUUUUGUCACUGACUCUGAAUAAUUAUUUGGGGUUUUAUGCAUGAUAGCAGUUAACAGAUAUUCCUCCAAAAAUGUAUUCACAGAGAAGCUUUUACAUCCCCUGAUAUUUAGAAAAAGUGGCAGGGACAUUAAACACUCCACCCCACAGGCUCUGGUCAAAAAGCCCAGAGGUCACAAAGCAGAUGCCUUGGUUUAUACAGACCAUGAUGCCCAGCAGAGCUUGUUAAUUAAGGUUGUUCCCUCUAGAUACCACUGGUGAAAGCUGAAUAAUCUUUCAGAGCACAACUCCCAAACCCCUCCUUACACAUAAAGCAGAGUAGCAGAGGCUCUGGACUCUGCUCCACCUGCACCAUUCGCCGCUGAGCCACCUGUUACGGAAAAUACCUUUCUGGGAUCCCAUUCACUCAAGAGCUGGACUUGGUGAUCCUGUCCAGAGUAUUCUGAGUCAGAAUAUUCUGAGAGUCUUCUGUGAUUCUAUUAGAGAGUGCCCAAAAGAGAGUUACGAAUGUGGUGAGGGGCCUUGAGGGGAAGCCGUGUGAGGAGCGGCCGAGGUCCCUCGGUUCAGCCUGGAGGAGACUGAGGGGAGACCCCAUUGCAGCUACAGCUUCCCCGUGAGGGGAAGGGGAGGGGCAGGCACUGAUUUCUUCACUCUCAUGGCCAGUGACAGGACCCGAGAGAAUGGCGUGAGGCUGUGUCAGGGGAGUCUUAUGUUGGAUAUCAGGGAAAGGCUCUUCACCCAGAGGGUGUCUCGGCACUGGAACCUGUCAGAGUUCGAGAAGCGUUUGCACAGUGCUCUCAGGCGCAUGAUGUGACUCUUGGGGGUGGUCCUGCACAGAGCCAGGAGACGGCAGGUUAAUCCUUGUGGGCCGCUUCCAGCGCAGCUCCCCUCGUGACCCCGUGUUCCGUUAACUUCCCACUACGGAGCGCGGAUCCCGCCGGGAAACAACGCCCCGCCCCCCGCGCCUUUCUCGCUGCCCAUUGGCCGAGGCGCCCGCCCAUCAGCGGCCGUUGCCGUGCGACCGACCCCGCCCCGGGGGUGGCCAUGGUGGCGGGGCCGCCCUGGGGGCGGUGCGGGGCUGGCGGCGGGGGCUCCGGGCACCGGCGGCUCCGGGCACCGGCACUCAUGCACGGCGCGGAGGAGGCGGCGGCGGGGCCGCGGGUGAAAGCAGCGAGCACGCAGACCGACAGCAUGGCCGGUCAAAUGCCAAGACUUUCUAAGGUCAAUCUUUUUACUUUAUUAAGUCUCUGGAUGGAACUCUUUCCCUCAGCUGAGCAGCAGAAAAAAUCCCAGGCGAAGAAGAGUGGUCUAGUUGUGGUGAAAAAUAUGAAGAUUGUUGGUCUUCAUUGCUCCAGUACAGACUUGCAUGCUGGCCAGAUUGCACUCAUUAAACACGGAUCAAGACUUAAAAACUGUGAUCUCUAUUUUUCAAGAAAACCAUGUUCAACUUGUUUAAAAAUGAUUGUAAAUGCUGGGGUGAACAGGAUUUCCUACUGGCCUGCAGAUCCUGAAAUCAGCUUGCAGAACGAGGUAUCCAAUCCGAUGAGCACUGAGGAUGCAAAGCUGGAUGCCAAAGCAGUGGAAAGACUGAAGUCAAACAGUCGUGCUCGUGUGUGUGUGUUGCUUCAGCCUUUGGUGUGCUACAUGGUGCAGUUUAUUGAAGAAACUUCCACCAAAUUUGAUUUUAUUCAGAAAAUAGCAAAAUCACAGCCUGACUGUAACACUGACUUUUAUACUGCGUGUAGGCAAGAGAGAAUAAAAGAGUAUGAAAGUUUAUUUCUAAUUUCAAAUGAGGAAAUGCACAAGCAAAUAUUGAUGACUAUAGGAUUGGAGAACCUCUGUGAAAAUCCAUACUUCAGCAACCUUAGGCAGAAUAUGAAAGACCUUGUCUUGGUCUUGGCAUCAGUGGCUGCCAGUGUCCCUGUCUUUGGAUGCUUUGGAUUUUACAAGAGUGGAUCCCAACAAACAAACGAAGUAGACGAUCAGUGUUUGCCCCAGGACGUGGCAAGGCACUGUAUGAUACAAGCCAGGCUACUUGCGUAUCGGACAGAGGAUCAUAAAACGGGAGUUGGAGCUAUUAUUUGGGCAGAGGAAAAAUCAAGAGGCUGUGAUGGAACAGGAGCAAUGUAUUUUGUAGGCUGUGGUUACAAUGCCUUUCCUGUUGGAUCUGAAUAUGCUGAUUUUCCACACAUGGAUGAUAAGCAAAAAGAUCGGGAGAUCAGAAAGUUCAGAUACAUUAUCCAUGCGGAGCAGAAUGCCCUGACAUUCAGGUGUCGAGAAAUAAAGCCAGAUGAAAGAAGCAUGAUAUUUGUAACAAAAUGUCCGUGUGAUGAAUGUGUCCCUUUAAUUAAGGGAGCUGGUAUCAAGCAGAUCUAUGCAGGAGAUGUUGAUGCUGGAAAAAAGAAAGCAGACAUAUCCUAUAUGAAGUUUGGCGAACUUGAGGGUGUAAGCAAAUUUACAUGGCAAGUAAGUCCAUUGCACACUAAUGCACUUGAAUUCCAUGACCCUACAACCAGGGAAAAUGGGGUCCAGAGAACAAAAUCGCUGGAUGACCAGCAGCACCAAAGCAAGAAACUGUGUCUUGGUCAUUACUGAGUAAUUAAGCACUUCUGCAGUCUUGCUUCAUACUUUUUAUAAUACAACCUGUUUGCACUUUCAAAUAAGGGAGAGGUUUAUUUAUUGUUUGGAAAGUGAAUUUUAGAAUAAGUUUAUUUAUGAUGUCUUUAAUGUUUUACAGCGUUACCUAAAGGUCUUUUUAAUUUAGAAGCUCCUGGCAAAAAAAUGCUGCUUGUAUUUUCUGUGAAAGUAACUGGGUGGCUGAUUAUUUUUAAUGCAUUAAAAAAAAAUAUACU